AUGGUCCUCUCUCACUACCAGCAAUUUAUGGAAGAGAAAUCCAACGUGGCAAACGACGACGUUUACCUUCUCUUUUCUCCACCCUGGCUUUCCGCGUACGAAAGGGCUCUCCUCUGGAUUGGGGACUACAAGCCCUCUCUAAUUCACCGUUUAGUAGACGGCGCCGUGAAGGGGUUAACGGCGGAGCAGAGGGGGAGGGUGGAGAGAACGAGGGACAAGACGAAGAGGGCGGAGAGGGAGCUGACGGAGGCAGUAGCUUCAGUUCAAGAGAGCAUGGCGAGUCGGCGGAUGCUGGAACUGACGAGGGUGGUUGACGGCGAGAUAAUGGAGCAGGAGCGGCGCUUGAGGGGCUCGGGAAGGCGCUUGAGAAGGUUCUGGAGAGAGCCGAUGAGCUUCGCGCGUUGGCCAUGA